CAAAACUGUAACUCGACAUGGGGACGUUCACGAGCUUACGCAAAGCCUAUGGAGCCCUCAAGGAUUCCACCACCGUCGGUCUCGCUAAGGUCAACAGCGAAUUUAAGGAUCUAGAUAUUGCGAUCGUCAAGGCAACCAAUCAUGCAGAGUCUCCUCCCAAAGAACUUCAUGUUCGUAAGAUAUUCUCAGCGACAUCUGUAAUACAACCACGAGCAGAUGUUGCUUACUGCAUUCAUGCAUUGUCUAAGAGAUUAUCCAAAACUCGCACUUGGGUUGUAGCAAUGAAGGUGUUAAUAGUCAUUCACAGAACGUUAAGAGAAGGUGAUCCUACGUUCAGAGAAGAGCUUCUAAACUACUCCCACAGAAGACAUAUACUCAGAAUCUCCAACUUCAAAGACGACACAAGUCCUCUUGCUUGGGAUUGCUCUGCUUGGGUUAGAACAUACGCGCUCUUUCUUGAAGAGCGGCUUGAAUGUUAUCGCGUCUUAAAGUAUGAUAUAGAGGCAGAUCGUUUGCCAAAAGCUUCUGGUGCAGCUUCCAAGGUUUGUCUUCUCACUUCUCAUCAACUAACGCAUAGGACAAGGAUGUUGUCUGGUGAAGAUCUGUUAGAACAUUUACCUGCUUUGCAGCAGCUUCUUUUCCGGCUUAUCGGAUGUCAACCUGAAGGAGCAGCUUAUAGCAACUAUCUAAUCCAGUAUGCUCUUGCUUUGGUGCUUAAAGAAAGCUUUAAAAUCUAUUGUGCUAUCAACGAUGGAAUCAUUAAUCUUGUUGAUAUGUUCUUUGAGAUGACAAGACAUGAUGCAGUGAAAGCUCUAAACAUAUACAAACGAGCUGGUCAACAGGCUGAAAAUUUAGCUGAGUUUUAUGAUUACUGCAAAGGGCUAGCGCUAGCAAGGAACUUUCAGUUCCCAACAUUAAGACAGCCUCCUCCAUCGUUUCUUGCAACAAUGGAAGAGUACAUUAAAGAAGCACCUCAGAGUGGUUCUGUACAGAAAAAGCUGGAGUAUCAGGAAAAAGAAGAGGAACAAGAACCACAAGAAGAAGAACAGCCUGAAGAACCUGCAGAAGAUGAAAACCAAAAGGAGAAGACCGAAAAUGAUCAGCCGCCUAUAGAAGAAGAGCAAGAGGAGCCUCAAGAGGAGAAAGAAGAGGAAGAACCUAAACCUUCACCAUUGAUAGACACUGAUGAUUUACUGGGUCUAAAUGAAAUAAACCCUCAAGCCGCAGAGAUAGAAGAAAAAAAUGCAUUGGCUCUUGCCAUAUAUCCACCAGGACAUGAAAAUUCAGGCCCAUCUAAAAGUCUAAGCUUAAUAGAAGCUGGAGGAAGUGGUUGGGAGCUUGCUCUAGUCACACCACAGAACAACAACAACAACACUAACAACAAUUCUCAUCCAACAAUAGCAACAAAACUAGGUGGAGGAUUUGACAACCUUCUGCUAGAUAGUCUCUAUGAAGACGACACAGCAAGAAGACAGAUCCAAUUAACCAAUGCUGGUUAUGGAUUUGGAGCCACGGCUACAACUGGAGAACCAGCGUCAUUGAACCCGAACCCGUUUGGGAUGCAACAAGAUCCUUUUGCAAUGUCUAGCAACAUGGCUCCACCAACCAAUGUUCAAAUGGCUAUGCAGCAACAACAAAUGAUGAUGAUGAAUCAUCAAAAUCCAUACAAGAUCAACAACUAUUCACCUUAUCAUCAGCAACAUCAUCACUUCUCAUCAAAUCCUUCAUCUUCUUCCUCUAACCCAUUUGGUGAUGCUUUCCUUGCUCUUCCUGCUCCUCCUUCAUCUGCUACUCAGCAGAAACAAAACCAUCAUCAUAUGCUCCUUUAG